AUGAUGGUAUUUGUGAUUAACUUAUUAAUUGGUUUGGCGGUUGGUGAAAUUUCAACAUUAGUUCAACAUAGUACACUUCUUCAAAGUCGUAUUGAUGACGAUACAUUAUCUGAUUAUGACAUAUUUUGUUUGCAAAUACGUUCAACAUCUCUAAAUGAACAAAUACAUGACGGUGUCGAUGAAGAAGUUAAACAACAAUAUGCAAAAAGAAAGAAAACAAAACUUGAACGAGCUCAAGAUACUAAUCAUCCAGAGCAAAAAUAA